UACAAGGCAUCGUACCAUUCUAAGAAGAGUGAGGUUGUGCAACAUUAGAAGCCUCUCAGAAUCUCUCCAAUGGAACCAGCUGCGUGUACGAAUAACCAGAGCAAUGGCAACUAUGGAGAAGACAUCAUUGGGUGGUUUGAAGAUGUGACUGAGAAAGCUGGUUUGGUUCAAACACAGACACUCAGGAAGAUACUUGAGCAAAACUGCAGUGUGGAAUAUCUCAGGCAAUGGUUGGGGGACAUCAAAAUCCAAGAGGUAGAUGGAUUUGUAUUGGAAUCUCUCUACACUUCUUUGGUGCCCCUUGCUUCACAUGCAGAUUUAGAGCCUUAUAUUCACAGAAUUGCAAAUGGGGACGCUGGCCCUAUACUCACCCAACAACCUAUGACCACUCUCUCCUUAAGUUCUGGAACCACAGAUGGGAGACAGAAGUACGUACCCUUUACCCGCCAUAGCGCACAGACCACUCUUCAAAUAUUUAGGUUGGCUGCAGCUUACAGAUCAAGAGUUUAUCCAACAAGGGAAGGAGGGAGGAUCCUGGAAUUCAUAUACAGCAGCAGACAGUUCAAAACUAAGGGAGGAUUAACAGCAGGAACAGCCACAACUCACUACUAUGCCAGCCAAGAAUUCAAGAUCAAACAGGAAAAAACCAAGUCAUUCACUUGCAGCCCAGAAGAAGUCAUUGCAAGUGGUGACAGCAAACAAUCAACAUACUGCCAUCUCCUUCUUGGCCUCUUCUUCUCUGAUCAAGUAGAGUUCAUAACCUCCACCUUUGCCUAUAGCAUUGUGCAGGCCUUCAUCACUUUUGAAGAACUCUGGAAAGAGUUGUGCAAUGACAUCAGAGAUGGCACUCUAAGCAAAAGAAUCAAUCUACCGAAAGUGCGAAAAGCGGUCUUGGAUAUCAUCUCCCCAAACCCGACAUUGGCUUCAAAAAUCGAAGCUAGUUGCAAGGGCUUGGAAGAUUUGGAUUGGUUUGGUCUAAUUCCUAAGCUCUGGCCAAAUGCCAAGUAUGUGUAUUCUAUAAUGACAGGAUCAAUGCAACCAUAUUUGAAAAAACUCAGACGCUUUGCAGGGGAUGUGCCAUUAGUUAGUGCAGAAUAUGGAUCAACUGAGAGUUGGAUUGGGGUGAAUGUGGAUCCUUGUUUGCCUCCAGAGGAUGUGACUUUUGCUGUGGUACCAACUUUUUCUUACUUUGAGUUCAUACCACUCCAUAGACAUAAGCAAGAUUGCAAUUUAGCCAUUGAUGACUUCAUAGAAGAUAAACCAGUCCCACUAUCCCAAGUCAAGGUUGGACAGCAAUAUGAGAUAGUCCUCACUACUUUCACUGGACUUUAUAGGUACAGGUUAGGGGAUGUGGUGGAAGUGGCUGGUUUCCACAAUGGGACUCCAAAAUUGAACUUUAUAUGCAGAAGAAAGCUUAUAUUGACAGUAAACAUUGACAAAAACACAGAAAAGGACCUUCAGAUAGUGGUAGAGAGAGGGUCUCAAUUGCUGAGCAAGUCCAAAGCUGAACUGGUUGACUUUACAAGCCAUGCUGAUCUGCUAACUCAACCAGGCCACUACAUCAUAUAUUGGGAGAUCAAAGGCGAAGUUGAAGAGAGGGUUCUUGGUGAAUGUUGUAGAGAGAUGGAUGCAUCAUUUGUGGAUCAUGGCUAUGUGGUCUCAAGGAGAAGCAAUUCAAUUGGGCCUCUGGAGCUGCGCAUUGUGGAGAAAGGAACUUUCAAGAAAAUUUUGGAACAUUUCAUAGUAAAUGGUUCUGCUUUGAGCCAAUUUAAGACCCCUAGGUGCACCAGCAACAAGGUGAUCCUCAGUAUUCUCAAUCUAUGCACAGUUAAAAGGGUUUACAGCACUGCAUAUGCUCAUUAGCAACAUAAGUUGCAUAUGGCGGGUUAAUUUCUUCCGAAUUAGAGAGAUCACAUGUCAAAACCAAGACUUGCAGCUGCGCGCUAUCAAAUGUCGGACAGUUACAGAAUAAGGCUUUGUUACAUUGUUUCUCCUGCUUAUAUAUCAUGUCCUUGCCAUUCCCUCAUGCGUGGUGAAUGCUCUAAACGGAGAACAAGAGAAAGAAUUUAAGAUAAAAUGGCAUUGGCUGUGGCAACCCCAUUUACAUCCAAGGGAUUGAAAGACUUGUUUCUGAUAGAAAUCUAAAACUUUAAGCAUCCAUCAGUCUUGUUUUUUUAAGUAAGAUAAAUGAGGACUGGCCUGGCCAGAUCAGUUUUACUGUCCAUCAAUGAUUAAGCUUUUCAAUAAAAGACCUGUGCAGUUGAAAAAUUCAUCAACAUUGGAAGAGCAAAACUCAGUUCAGGCUUCUCACAUCCGCAGAUUCUAGCAGCGUCUACAUCUAGAGAAUUGCAGUUCAAUGAAGAGACGAAUAGCUAAUUUCAACUUUGUAAGAACCAUAACCCGAGGUGGUUUCACGAUUUCUUUUCCUACAAGCAAUAGGAGACUUCUAUCUUAGUCAAUCUUGGACGUUGGUUGCCUUUACUUCACA